CAACAGCGACGACGCGCUUUUUACGCACAACUGGAACCGGAGUCGUCGGUGAAAACAUGCGCCUUCGGACUUAAAAGCGGAGUGUGUGCCUUGUGUGUGUCCGUGUGUGCGUGCGUGCGUGCGUGUGUGUGUUUGGGGAGUGUGGUGAGGGAGGGAGGGAGAGGGGGGGACGAAGAGAAGAGAAGAGCUGGAUUCGGCUACUAAAAUUGUGUGUACGGGCAACCUUCUGAAGGCGAUGGGGUGUUAAAGUUAUAGGAAAGGGCGCAUUAGCGAUCCAGGAGAAAGUGUGCGGCUUCUCUGGAGGAAAAGAAGACGGAGGAUCAGCCAGUCGAAAGGCAAAGAGCCGACACUCGCACAAAGGCGCAGGGGGGAUUUAUGCGGAAUUGGAGACAGAAUCGGAGGUGAAAGAAUGACGAGCGAAAAGUAUGCAACCGCCGCGGUACAUUACCUGAGGUGAAACGAGAAAAUGAUAGAAGAAACACACCCAAACGAUGACAGCUACAUCGUGCGUGUGAAAGCGGUGGUGAUGACGCGGGACGACUCGAGCGGUGGCUGGCUGGCCCAGGACGGGGGAGCUCUGAGCAGGGUGGGUGUGUGCCGCCUCCUGCCUCCAGAGCUGGCGCCCGUGCCGACCUCCAGCAGCUCCCAGUUCCUCAUCCGUGGUGAGCGGCUGCGGGACAAACAGGUAAUCCUGGACUGUCCGCUGAGGAAGGACCUUGUGUACACCAUAGCAACGCCCACAUUUCAUCAUUGGAAGGUGGAGGACAGGAAGUGUGGCCUGUCCUUUCAGAGUCCAGCUGAUGCCAGAGCGUUUGACAGAGGGGUACGGAAAGCCAUCGAGGACCUGGCUGAAGGCUCCACAACCUCCUCUACAGCACUCCAGAAUGAGGGCGAACUUGGUGACGACGAUGUCUUUACUAACACCACAGACAGCUCAUCCAACUCCUCCCAGAAACUGGAGAGCUCUCUGCAGCCGCUCGAGUCCUCGCCCCUUCCGCAGAGACACAAGUGCAUGCUGGGACAUCGCCACGACCUCCACGACCCUUACCGGCUCUCAGACCACUACUUCUUGGACCAGCCGCUGUCUCGGCUUCCCCGCCAUGUCACCUUCCAGGAGGACGAGGAAAUCGUCCGUAUCAACCCUCGGGAGCGCAGCUGGGAGCGAACCACCGAGCGUCACUACGGACGCCAGUCAGACCGCGCCUGGCUCACGGGCUAUGAGGACUACCGCCACGCCACCGUGCGUGACAAGUUCAUUCAAAUGGACGACUCUGAGCCCUACGUCCACUUUGCCAAGACGGAGGCGCAGAAGCACGACUACACCUAUCCUCUGGCCCCAGCCCUGUCACCCUCAGACUCUGACCCCGCCCUCGGACCCUUGGUCAGUAAGGGCCACGGCGGCUCAUAUCGCCAGGGCUUCUCCUCUGUGGUCUCUAACCAGCCCCGCUCCUUCCUCCCGAGCUCCUCGCCAUCCACAAAUGGCGGAAAGGGGCGGAAGGAGGACGGGUUAGAGCGCGCUCAGUGUGAGCACUGCGGCGAGGCCUUUUACAUCUCUGACAACCGGAGAGGCCGGUGUCACGAUGCGCCGGACCCUGUGCGGGCGUGCAUCCGGCGGGUCAGCUGCAUGUGGCUGGCAGACACCAUGCUCUACCACUGCAUGUCCGACCCCGAGGGGGACUACUCGGACCCCUGCUCCUGUGACGGAGGCGAGGGCAGCGGGGGAGGCCGACUCGGCUCACGCUGGUUAGCGCUGCUCGGUUUGUCCGUGGUGGCGCCCUGCCUCUGCCUCUACCCGCCUCUCCACGCUUGCCACCGGGCGGGGCUCAGGUGCGGCUGCUGCGGGGGCCGACACAAGGCCCUGAGCUGAGCCGCCGCGCUCGGAAAUUACCCAACGCAAGCACAGGGAAAGGGAAGUACGGGGACAAACAGAGGGGACAAGUGGUCGUGGCUGCUCACUCUCUUGCCUUGGUUUCUCUGGGAUUCUCUACAAAUUCCAGACACUGAAAUAAGCCAAAAAAAAACAUUGGUGCAUUUUCUGAACGGCCUGGGAAGAUAAGCUCCCCCUUACGGCAGACAGUUCUCUCAGCUCUCCACGUGGCCAUUUCAUGCUCUGUUUCUAGUGAGAGAGCACUCUUUUUCAGGGGGCCUUUUUUUUAUAGCUGACCUAUAUGUCAUGUAUCACAUAUGCAGGUACUUUAUACUUUGUACACUGACUCGGCGUCAAAGAACUUGAAUUGUUUCUUUUCUUUUUUUUUCUCCUUUUAUGUACGCGUGGCCAUUUUGUUUAUAUUCCAAUAUCAGGCCCGCUCAGCUCAACUCCAGCUACAAGAGAAAUCAGACACUACACCUCUUUGCGUGUGUGAGUGUGUGUAUGCGUGUGCGGAUGCUUACAAUGUGCGCCGAGGCCUUUUUGUUGUCUGUACUGCAGCUCAUAGUAAAGCUCGUGUAUAUAGUCGACAUAGCUCUCAACCAUCGACAUCUUCUUUGUUCACUGAGACAAACGUGGUACUCAUUUUAAUCUUCUAAUAUCCCAAAGAUUCGUGUUUUUAUUCUAUUUAUUUUCUCACUGAAUUGACCUACCAGCAAAAAGGGUGCUGGGUUGUGAUUCACUCACUGAACGAGACGGUGCUCAAAGUCACGGUUCUCUCCGUCUCCCUGCUCCUUACUUCAAACAGUGCCUAAACCACCACCUGAACCAGGAACCCAUCCAGUCUUAUAAUUCCAGUCAGUUUUUGGCUCAUUUUCCCAAACAUACACUCGAAGCAGUGGGAGAUUUUAAGGCUCUGAUUUCCUCAUCCUCUGCAGAACCUCAGUCAGCAGUCCGUGUCACGUCAAAGGACUGAAAAAUCAAUUAAGAGAUACCGUUAAACUUGGUGCCCGUUAUGCCUUAAAAUGUGGAGUCUGGCUCCAGACUUCGCCCCCGUCCCUCGGAAGAUGUCUGCCACGAUGAAAAACCAGGAGCACAGUUACGGCUCCGAGCAAUCAGCCUCACCGCGUACUCUUUUUAAACUUGGUUUAAAGUAUUUUUGUAAUGAAAAGGAACUCUUUAAAAAAAAAAAAAGGUUCUCAUGUGAACUAAGGCCUCCAGUUUGCUUGCGAUGUACAAUCAGCUCCCCCUUUUAAAGCCUCUGAUGGACCCACCAGUCACAUGUGGACCAGCAAAGUCCUAACUGAUGGUAAUCGAAAUGAUUCAAUUAAAUAAGUUAAAAACUGUGUUUAAAAUGACUUAAAACAUAAUAUCCCUGCUCAAAAUGUACAUCUGAAAAGCACAUUUAGAUACUAAAACAGUCAUUCAAGUUAAAAUUAGUAUAAAUAUAAUUACAAAUAACACAGAUGAGAAUACUUGUCAUUCUUCAGUUGUAAAAGGAGUAAUCUGACACUUUGAAAACGCUUUUCUUUUUGCCGAGAGUUUGAUAAAAAGAUCAUCAGCACGGACAUGUCUGUGAUGCAGUUAGCUUAGCUUAGCAUAAACACUGGAAACGGGGGGAAACAGCUAGCCUGGCUCUGUGCAAAGGUAACAAAAUCCACCCACAAGCACCUCUAAACCUCACAACUUAACACGUUAUAUUUAGUUUGUUGUGGUCCGUACUAAAUUGGAAGUUGGAAAACACAAUUUGUGGUUUAAAGAGGGUUUGUGUGCGCAUCUGUUUAUGGACUAUGUCUUUACCAGGUGCAGUAACUCUGCGAGUUAGAAGCCGCCAAAUACAGUACAAAUGAAAUAUGACGUGAAAUACAGUGAGAACAGGCUGGCUGCUUCCUCAGUCUUCACGCUAAGCUUAAUGUAUUUUGGCUGCCUAAAGAGUAUUUUCAAAAAUGUACAAAGUAUUCCUUUAAAGUUUCAGUAGGUAACGUUCAUCUUUUUUAAAAAAUACUUUUUGUCAUACUUGCUCAAACACUACAUCCUAACAGUAGCACAUGAGACAGAUGAUCUGUGGAAACAUCCUGUUUGUCUGGCUCCUCCUGAUGCUCCUAAAGACAUCUGCAUAAAAACAACCAAUCAGAGCCCGGAGAGGUGAAACUAAAACAAAGCUUUUCAUUGUCGUCUUCUCUUUACGUGUCUCUGCCGUGUACACUGGUGUUGGCAAAGCGGUGUGUGCGUGCCUGAGAGACUUCUUACUGGUUGUUUUCAGACGCUGUGGAUUUAAUGUCAUCAGGAGCACAAGAAGAAGAAGAAGAAACAUGAUUUUUUUACAGGUUAUUUGUCUCAUGUACUACUGUCAUGUACUAAGAUAGU